AUGAUCUUUGGCGAAGGAAAAGCUAAGAACAUGGCAGGAUGGGCAAAUCUGAUCCAAGAGAAAGACAUCCCAUCAAACAGCCCCUGGGACUUUCAGCUGGCGCAAGUGCUGUUUAAGGUAAUGCUGCAUAAUUUUCGUAUGAAGGUGGACUCAUCUCUCCUCGUCAAGAAAGACUGGACAUCGGAUGUGCUGCCCGCUACUACCUAUUGGCGACUCCGACUUGUAAGUUGUAGUACAAAAAUUAUAAGGUGGUUAUGACAAAAAUUUCUGUUCGUCUCAUUUCCCAACAACUUAAAGUUAAAACAUGUAUUUACUAUUACUUCAUCGGAUGUACUUCAUCUCUUACCUCUGACUACUCACAGGGCCUCCAACUCGAGUACAGAUUCCGCAAGAAGAAGGAAGUAGUUGACAAAAUCCAGUUCUACGAUGCAAUGCAGUCCUUAGCGGACUCCAUUAACAUGGUGCGAAAACAAUUGAGCUUCUUUUUUUCGCACGAAGAAAUCGAGAAGAGCAUGAUGAUCAAGGAUGCGUUAUGCUUGCAGCAGAGGUACAGCUUCUACUUGAUGAUGUUGAUGAUACUUGGUCGAAUAAUUGAAAUGAUCAUGAUGAUGUUGACUACAACUCCAGACUAAAAUAACUUUGCACUGAAACCGAAAAUGUGUUUGCAAAAGCAAUUUUUUUUCCCACUCCUCUUAGGAUGCAAGGCGGCUCCUGUGGCAUUUCCUUCGACCUCGAAUGGUACAUGCGCAAUGGCGCGCACUUGUUGGCUGGCUCUUCUUUUGCGAAGAAGCACGUUGGACGCACCAGCUUUCAGCCGUUUAAGAUCCAGGAACAGAUGGCUGACGCUGUUUUGAGUGAGGGUCCACAACUGGUCUGGGGUAUCGCGCCUCCCGGUACGGGUAAGACGGCGGUUGUUCCUCACUUGCUGAACUUGUUUCCAGAUCACACAUUGGUCUUCGUCUGUGCGGCGUUGCCAGUCGUGCUGGGCGUUGGACAGGUAUUAUAGUUCAGGACAAAAACGACCUACAGCUCUUACUUACUGACUCUAGUUAAAGAUCUUCCCAAGAAUCCAGUUUCCAAAACUGCGAUAUCAAAAUCCCAGGUUGCCUGUUCUCUUGGUCUUCCCUACGCCCUCGUGAAGAACAAGCGCAUUACUCCAGGUUUUAGUUGCGGCCGCAAACUCGGGCAUCACGUCGAUGUCGAGGAUAAGCGCGCUGUCCAGUCCCUCAAGGUUAAGGGUUACCAGCACAUUGCAUUCUUUUCUACAACCGUCCUUGACUUCUUUUCCAGUAGGAAAUAUAUAAAGGGUCUGAAGAAUGGUCUGAAGAAUGCAAUGUCGCAACCUCUAACAAAGAGACUGUGAUCCAGAUGAACCUGGAGCGUAAGGCCAACCGGCUCAAGAUGGUCAAGCGAAAUCGUCGAGCUCUGGACUUCAAACGCAUGCCUCGUAUCUGGCUGGUCUGCGAUAUUCUGUCUUCCAGCUGGAUCAUUGAACAAUUAGACCCUUUGAAGUCCAUCAUGGUAAUCGAUGAACCGCCGAUGGGCAGUGACAAAGUGCCGCAUUUGCCAACGGACAACCCAACAGCCCAGCACAUGGUCGAAGCGAUGCUCCAACCUAUGUACAAGACGAUCUUGAUGUCGGCAACAAUGCCACGAAGCUCGCAAUUGCCAAGUAUUGUGGACAACUUUUGCAAGAAAUUCAAGGUGGACUCAAAGUUAAGGCCACAAAAACACUUUUUCAUGAUGUCAGGUGUUGUAGUUGGAUAACAGGACCUUUUUCUGCCACAAAAACACGUUUUCAUAUUUCAGAUUGUUCCGUAGUUUUGAGUAAAAUGCGCGAUAAAGUAGCUGGCUUCAUGAUGUCAGGUGUAGUUGGAUAACGACCUCUUUCCACAGGACCUUUUUCUGCCACCUCAUCUAAUUUCCAAGGCCGUCCGCGAAUGCUUCUCCACUCAGCUCGACAGGGGUGUUAUCUUGGUCCGACCCAGUGGCCGAAUUGCCUUUCCCCACGAAUUGUGCGAGACCGCUGCUUCACUGAAACAACUGGCGGACCGACUACCCGGCGAUCCUCUUACACUGAAAGCAUACACAGAGCGAGCACUUUCGCAAUUGCUCGUGAGGUGGCGACUGUUGGAAAAGAUCGCGCCAAAAGAUUGGAAAGCACCGAAAAAGCCGGCAGAGAGAUUCCAAGAUCUUUCACACUUGAAGCCAGAGACGAUUCGAGAAUAUGCGGUACCUACUACAACAUAAGUAAGCAUUUGAUAGAUAACAUUAACAAUUUCACCUUAUAGAUACAUAGUUUAAGUUUUAGACUCAGUCGAUCUGGAAAAUUCUUUUGUUAUGAAAGUCUGUCAUCCUCAUCUCACUCUUUUAGUUUUACCUUCCCUCGCAUAUCUCCCCCUCUCUCAAAUGAACCUUGCAGAUCGAGCUCCUCACUGCCGUUGCGGAUACUGGGGAUGACAACUUCGCCAAGGAAUUCUGUGCUAUUACCUGCUCUCACGACGACGGCAGCGAUGCCGAAGUCGCAGCAUUCCCUGAGUAUGACGUUAAGGAGCUGCUCUUCUCCAACGCACACGCCUUCCCUGGCGUAACUCUAGUUGCAGACGACAAGCCAGCUGACAUUCUCGAGACCAUGGCUGAGAAAUUGAUCGAACAAAUGCCCAAGGUCAAGGAACUCGAAGCCUCAGUUGAUGCCUUAGAUGCUGAAGCGAAGAAGCAGAACAAGCUAGCGGAGCAGAGCGACGAUGUGGAGUUCUUCUCUUCCGAUUCCCAACAAAUCAAGUUCGACUCCUCUCUAGUGUUGCACACAGAGGCAUUCUUGAAGAGGUGGUGCCCGAAAGCGAAGAAGGAAACCUUGAUGUACCCCAGAUUGCCACCGACUGUGGCAGAAUACAAGUCAAUCCAGACCUUGCCAGUAGCAGACAAGUGGAAGAUGUUGGCGUUAAGUGGAGCUGGUAGAAGACAUCCCUUUUGCUGUCUUCGCUGUCCUUUUUCUAAUGGAGUGAGUGUUCAAAAUACUCUGCUUCUAUUAUAGUAAUAGAGGUCAACUUCAUCAUAUUUAAAAUUUAUUGACUAAUAGAAUAGUUCUUUCCCAUCAAUCCAUACAUGUUAUUGAUUCUCAAUCUCAUGAUUAGCUUCCUAUGAAUUGAAAAAACCACAUCAACGAUUGCUCAACGUCAACCUACCAGGUGCCUUCGACCUGACCUUGGAUCCAGAACCUGGUCAACCGGUCUAUUCGCAGUACGUCCACGACCGCAUGUUGGCUAAUAAGCUUUCCUGUGUCACUGCUGGUAAGGAGUUUACAUGGGGUGCGAACUUGCCAGCAUCGACGGUGGUUGUCACGAAGCGGUUUGCCGAUAGCACAAGUGUUAGUGGUAUGUUGCAGUACGUGGGUCGUGCGGCCCGUCGUGGUCUUACUACGCAUGGUCAGGCCCUGUUCGAGGAUGACGAAAGUUUGAACCGAAUCUUGAGGAAAGGGGCGCAGCAAAUGAGUACAGAAGCUGACACGAUGGAACGAUACUCAAAAUGGAUUCUGGGAGGCAGAAAAGACGCAGCGUGGAGCGAAGCGGGAGAAAACAUCGCGUAAGGACGCAUCGGCAUCGCAGCUUCAACCGGUGUUACUUCUAAAAUGCAAGAAGCACUUACAAGAACGAUGAAGUAGAGGAUCCUGUGCUGAAAUUUUCCAAUAGUCUUCUGAUGUUGCGCUCAAGCACCUUUGUUCGUGCGCGCAACAUAUCAGAAUUUCUAUUUCAAGAAACUUAUCUUCACCAAAGGCUGCGCCUUCCAUCCUGAAUCACGACACUUUUUAAGAACCAUAGAUAGUACUGGAACAAUCGUGAAACAGCGCAAGGCUCCUGUCCUCCUGGUACGUCAACAACCUCUGUCCUCCUUGUGAGUCAUUUGAACGCCAAUGAAUAUUACUCCUUCGACUUGUAGUACCCUCCCUUCUAUUUCGAGAUUUUUGCAACUUGAUCUUCCUCGUGUAUCCUCCACACAGAAGACCUCCACGAUGAAAACAGGAGUGUGUAAUCAAAGGAAAGGCGUUCCCUUGAAGCGCUCACCACGUACUUGGGUUUGCAUCGAUAAUCUUGUGCUGAUUGUAUGUGAUGUAUAAAGCUCCUUCAUUGACGCAGGUAACUCUGGCCGUCGACUCGCUGGAACAAGUCCCCCG